CAGAUAUGAAGUUCCGACUUGAAAUCCGUCGACUUGAAAUCGAGGCGGAAACGCAGAUUAAGCUGCGGGCAUUGGAAAUAAGGGCAGCGGACAGAACACCGGUUCCGGGUACACAACCGUCGCAGUCUGCCGAUGCUGGCUCGGCGGGGACCACCUUUGAGGUCAGUAGGCACAUCUCUCUCGUACCACAGUUCCGAGAAACAGAAGUGGACUCGUACUUCAACGUAUUUGAGCGGAUUGCAUCUACACUUCAGUGGCCUAAAGAGGUCUGGUCGUUGUUGCUGCAGUGCAAGCUGACUGGUAAAGCUCAAGACGUUUGUGCUACGUUGUCCUUAGAGGAUAGCGUGAAUUAUGAAGCGGUGAAAGCUGCCAUAUUGCGCGCUUAUGAGCUGGUACCCGAGGCUUACAGACAACGGUUUAGGAGUCAUAAAAAAAAUCCCGGUCAGUCAUUUGUUGAGUUCGCGAGGGAGAAAAGCGUUUUGUUUGAUAAGUGGUGCACUUCCAGUAAGGUGAAUGAUCUUAAGGACAUGCGAGAAUUAAUUCUUUUAGAGGAAUUUAAGAAUUGCGUACCUGAGCGUGUGGUUGUUUACAUGAACGAACAGAAGGUGACGUCGGUAUCCCAGGCUUCUGUCCUUGCAGAUGAAUUUACAUUGACGCAUAAGAAUGUUUUUGUCCCUACACGUUCUGAGCGGGUUACGUCGUUUCAGGCAAGUUCAAGUAAUUCACCGUAUCCGAAAACGGCUGCGUUAAAGUCGAAAGAGGAUCGUGAAUGUUAUUAUUGUCACAAACCCGGUCAUUUAAUUGCAGAGUGUUUUGGGUUAAAACGAAAACAAUCGAAUUCUGUGCCUAAGAGUGCGGGGUUCGUUAAGCUAGUGGCUCCUGUUGAUACCGAUCGCAGUGAUCAACCUGAUUCCAGUUAUGCCCCUUUUCUGUUGGAGGGGGCAGUUUCUGUUACAGGAAAUUCGGCGGAGCAGAUACGUGUGAAAAUGCUCCGGGAUACUGGGGCCAUGCAAUCGUUUAUUUGUGCCGAUGUAUUGCCGUUCUCGGAGCAGACCUUUUGUGGUAGUCAUGUCCUAGUGCAGGGCAUAGAAAUGGGUCUGGUUCAAGUCCCGUUGCACCAGAUUCACCUCGAGUCGAAACUAUGUACGGGUCUUGUGAAGGUCGCGGUGCGGGAGAGUCUGCCGGUGAGCGGGGUGCAGCUCAUUCUUGGCAAUGAUUUAGCCGGCGGGAAAGUUAUGCCUUUACUCGAGGUAUUUAAUAACCCGGUGGUAUCGGAUCAGCCUGAUGAGCUGGCGAAGUCCUUUCCGGAAACUUUUCCGGUCUGUGUGGUCACGCGCGCUCAGUCCCGUAAGACGGAGGCUGAAGAUUUAGCUACGUCUUUUAUUUCACCUAUUUUUCUCAGCGACAUGUUACCUGAUGCGAGUGAUAAGGCUGUUGAAAAGGUGCCUGGAUCAGACACUUCGGGUGUAAAGCUGAGUGUGACUCGGGAGAGGGUUAUUGCUGCUCAGCAUGAGGAUAGGAGUCUGCAAAAGUGCAUUGCUGCUGCGGUCUCCGCGGAGAAAGCACGGGAGAGGAAAACUGCUUACUUUAUGGAGAAUGGUUUACUAAUGCGUAAGUGGUGCUCGGAUGUGGCUGAUGGGGCUGAAUGGACCAGUGUGUAUCAGAUAGUGGUUCCGUCCUGUUACAGACAGCAAGUUCUCUCUUUGGCUCAUGACCACGACCUAUCGGGACACUUGGGAAUUAAGAAAACUUACUACAGAGUUUUAAGACACUUCUUUUGGCCUCGGUUAAAGACUGAUGUUACCCGAUUUUGUCGUACCUGCCGCGUCUGCCAAAUCACUGGCCAACCGAACCAGGUCAUCCCGUGUGCCCCACUCGUUCCUAUUCCAGCGGUAGGAGAACCGUUCGAACACGUCAUUGUGGACUGCGUGGGGCCUUUGCCUAAAUCUAAGGCUGGUAAUCAGUUUCUGUUGACUAUAAUGUGUACUGCAACCAGAUUUCCUGAGGCAAUUCCUUUGAGAAAGAUAACAGCACCUGUUGUAACUAGAGCACUGGUGAAAUUCUUCUCUACGUUUGGAUUACCAAAAGUUGUGCAAUCAGAUCAAGGCACUAAUUUUCUUUCGAAAAUUUUUACUCAAGUGUUGUCCAGCUUAAAUAUAUCCCAUAGGAUCGCGAGCGCCUAUCACGCGGAAAGCCAAGGGGCGCUAGAACGUUUUCAUCAAACCUUGAAGUCAAUGCUCAGAAAGUACUGCAUGGAAACGAGUAAGGAGUGGGAUGAGGGUGUGCCCUUGCUCCUCUUCGCGAUCAGGGAGACAGUUCAAGAAAGUCUUGGAUUUAGUCCUGCUGAGUUGGUGUUUGGACACACUGUCAGAGGACCUUUGAAAAUGCUUAAAGAGGACUUGAUGUCUUCUGGGGCUAGUCCAUCACUGAAUGUGUUGGACUAUGUGAGCAAGUUCCGUGAACGGUUACAUAAAGCUUGCUCGGUGGCGAAGGAGUCACUUGAAGUUGCGCAAAGGAAAAUGAAACGUCUUUUUGACCGCAAAUCUGUACAGCGUUCCUUUAACGAGGGCGAUCAGGUGUUGGUGUUGCUGCCUAUGGUAGGGUCGGCGUUAUCAGCCCGGUUUUCUGGUCCGUACGAGGUGGUACGGAAACAUAGCAAUACAGAUUACGUAAUCGGGACACCCGAUAGAAAACGAAAGACUCGUGUCUGUCAUGUGAAUAUGUUGAAGACUUUUUAUUGCAGAGAGGGUAUCCAGUCCGAUGUUUCGCCGACAGAGGAAACCGCUGUUUACCUGUCCUCCCCCGCUCCUGCCUCCGUGGCAUGCGCUGCGGUGGAAAUCUCUAACCCGGAUGAUGAUGAUGAUGGAGUAAUUGUUCGCCACACUUACCAGCAAUGUGCUCGCCUCAAGAACUCUGAGGUCGCUGUGACUGGCGGAUCGGUCGUCAGUGGGGCGGAGGACGAGGGCCAAUCAGGAGGCGGAGCCGCUGCUUAAGAGGGACGGCGGGCUCAUUCUCUGAAACCCCUCUCAGUAUUGCUGACGCUCAGGGCCGCCGAUUGUGGGCUGCUCUCCGGCACCCAGAUUGUUGUGCAUUUCAGACUGUUUUGGAUAAGUGUUUUCGUGUCAUCAGCGGCAUCAGCUGCAAAACCGCGCCGGGGGGGGAAGAACGGUAGGUUAGUAUAUCGCGAUAUACAUCCUGCCCGUAGUUGUCCUGUGUAUAG